UCUUGGAUCAGAAAAAGUCGAAGCCCAUUAUCAUAAACCAAUUUUCUUUCUUCUUCAACUUUCUUCUUUUUUCUCAACUCGUCUCCAGCAGUGUUUUAGGGUUUCUCUGCGUCAAAUUUUGAUCGCAACCAUCCCGCAAACGUGACAGCUGCUACUCGAUCAUGGUUCUGUUACAGUUAGAUCCGUUUCUCAAUGAACUCACCAGCAUGUUCGAGCGCAGCACUGAGAAGGGCACUGUUUGGGUUACUCUCAAACGAUCAUCCUUGAAAUCUAAAGUUCAGAAGAAUAAAUUGGUCACUGCUGGUGAAGCAAUUGAGUAUAGAUGCCUUAUACGUGCCACUAAUGGGAAAAAGACAAUUUCUACUACGGUUGGCCCAAAGGAUCAUCAACGCUUUCAAGCUUCUUAUGCAACUAUAUUAAAGGCCCACAUGACUGCUUUGAAGAAGAGAGAAAGGAAGGAUAAGAAGAAGUCUGCAGAGAUCGACAAAAGAGAAGGAAGUUCAAAGAGGCCGAAGAAGACUUGAAGUGAUCUCUGCUUUUUCUCUUUGGUAUUCUGCACAAACUUAGUUUCCCGCUUCCUUUAUAUUCAUCUAAAGGAUGCUCGGCCACACAUACUUUUUGGAGUUGCAGAGUGAGGAGUAAUCGAAAUGGGGGGAAGAGAUAACCAAGAUAGUUAGAUAACUGUUCAUUGAAUUGUGAAUUUGUGAAAAUUUUCUUUCAGUUCCUUCGGAGGUUAUAAAUUGAAUUUUCUUCAGGAUAUACCUUUUUACCCCUAUUGAUAUUUCAUUUUGAGGUAGUUAAUCUUUUGGUCCCAAAUA